GUAGGGAUAGCCCAGACCUGGGCUUUGCAGGCAGUCAGCUUUGUGUGCAGCCAGGGACAGCAGCAGACAGUGGCUUGGGGAGACACAGAGUUGGGGGACACCCCAGCCUUGGGGAAGCCCCCCAAACUGAGUAAGCUGAGCACAUGGCUUUGCAGCCUGACCCACAGCACUGCUCCAGCAGGCAGACCCUUUCAAAGUCCAUGGUCUAGAAAGUCCAUUCCUGGACUUUGUUAAGGCAACUCUGCUUCAGAGCUGAUCCUGCACAGCAGGGCAGUCACAGAGUCUGCAUUUAUCUGCCCUCCUGAGGAGAAGGUGGGAGACUCAGGUGUCUGUAGCUGGACCCAAACCGAAAGGACGGGGAGAGAAAUCAUGACCCAAGAGCAGGUCCUGGAUCCAUCGUGGGGGGACCCUCGUGCCCUCUCAGCUCUGCUCUGCAGUUCAGCUUCAGCUGUCAUGCUCCUGAAAUGGCUGGGACACAGGCAGGUCCAGCAGAAGAUGCAUGAGGCAAGGAGGUCUUGGGAUCUGGCCCUGGAAAGGAUGGAGAAGGCGACUCGGAGGUUUAAGCAAGAGAACCCAGGCACCCAGACCACGCAUAUCCUCUCGCUGACAAUGAUGGAGCUGGUGGAGAAGCUGAAGGAGGGGUCCCUGUCCCCAGAGAGCAUCCUCUACUCCUACAUGGACAAAGCUUUGGAGGUGAACCAGGAGGUGAACUGUGUGACAGACUUCAUUCAUGACUGUGAGGAUCAGCUCCAGAAACUGAAGAAGCAGAAGGAGAAGGGGCUGCUCUAUGGCAUUCCCAUAAGCAUCAAGGACCACAUUAACUGCAAGGGCCACAUCUCCUCUGGAGGGAUGGUGAAGUUUCUGGGCCAAGUGAAGGAAGAAGACAGCGUCAUCAACCGGGUUCUAAAGCACCAGGGGGCAAUCCCCUUUGUGAAAACCGACAUCCCACAGACAAUGAUAAACUACGACUGCAGCAACCUCAUCUUUGGCCAGACUCUGAACCCUCUAAACCACCAGAAGAGCCCCAGGGGCUCCUCGGGAGGGGAGGCAGCUCUGAUCGCAGGGGGAGGCUCCAUCCUGGGCGUCGGCUCAGAUGUAGCCGGCAGCAUCCGCCUGCCCUCCAGCUUCUGUGGGCUCUGUGGGCUCAAACACACAGGCAACAGGAUCAGGUACAUCCCAGCUUCUGUCCUCUUCUUCCACCCGGUGGGGAAACUGCAAGGUGUCCCCAAAAGUGCAUCAAACUUUGCAAUAGUGUCCAUGGUUUCCUCCAGGCUUAAGUUAGCACCUAACCUGCCCUCGUGCCAGCUUGGGCUAAAGGCUCUAUUAAUGACACAAGAUGACUUCUACCUGUUAGCACAACAAAGACUUAUUCAGUUUUUAAUAGCCCUGGCCAAGAAGCUAUCUGCCAAAAACCUCUGGGAUCAGCACGGAGCGGUGGCGGUUUACCACACGGAAUUCAUUGCCAAAUGGAGGAAGCUGAGGCUGGAUGUGAUCCUUUGUCCUGCCCUGGGGCCAGCCUUUAACCACAGCUAUGCUGGGAAGCUCUUUGCUGCGACCUCCUACACCAAUUUAUACAACGUGCUGAACUUCCCUGCUGGGGUGGUGCUGGUCAGCACGGUCACGAGAGCCGACAAAGAGGAACUGAAGCAUUACCAAGGGCACUACAGAGACCCUUGGGAUAAGAGGCUGAAAGAGGCUGUGGAAGGAGCUGUGGGGUUGCCAGUGGCUGUCCAGUGCGUGGCUCUGCCGUGGCAGGAGGAGCUGUGCCUUCGCUUCAUGAAGGAGGUGGAGACGCUUGCCCACAACACAAAGAGAAAUGUGUGAUUUCUGGGAACCAGCCCUUGCUGUGAUGACUUUUCAUUCCCUGCCCUUCACUCCAGCCACCUUCUACCUGAUACAAAGGUAGAUAGCAAGUCUCUGAAAUAACAUUUCAAUAAACUGGCACAAAAUGCUGUUUAAAAAUAGC